ACUGCACUAUCCUCCUGAAAUUGACAUGGAUAACUGAAACAAGAAAAAGUAGAAAUUAAACCAGCAUUGAGUCCCAUUAUUCUCUCCCAUGUUUCAUGUUGGAUAAACUUCAAAUAAGUCCAAAGCUUCAUCUGUCAUUACUUGCACACUACUAGCUGCUUUCAAAUACCAGCUCAUAAACCUGACUAGUUCUUAAAAUUGACCAAAACUAAUCAACUAGUUUAUUUAUUGGUCAUUUUCAUAUCAUAUCAGGAAUCACAUACAUUUGUGGUUCUUCUUUCAAACACUUUCUCACAAACUAGGCAGAUCAUGUCCAUCCCCAUAAUCUUCUCCCUCAGUUUCAAUAGAGUGUGUCAAUGAUGGACGACUAAGCUAUUAACCAAGCAGAAUGGAGAAGAACAUGAUGCCAAUGAAAACCCAUUUUUUCAUCUUCUUCUUCUGUUACAUUGGUUGUUUCUCUUACAGUUUUGCUGCUGCAAAUGAUGAAUUAUCAGCUUUGCUUUCAAUAAAAGCAGGCCUUGUUGAUCCAUUGAACACACUGCAAGAUUGGAAAUUGGUCGACAAAGCACUAGGAAAUGAUGCAGCUCAUUGUAACUGGAAUGGAGUCACAUGCAACUCAGCUGGAGCAGUAGAGAAGCUUGAUCUCUCCCACAAGAAUCUAAGCGGCAGAGUAUCCGAUGAUUUAACAAGACUUAAAAGUCUUACUUCUCUCAACUUGUGUUGCAAUGCUUUCUCAUCAACAUUGCCAAAAUCCAUAGCCAAUCUCACCACACUGAACAGUCUUGAUGUGAGCCAGAAUUCCUUCAUUGGUGACUUUCCAUUAGGCCUCGGAAGGGCGUGGAGACUUACAACCUUUAACGCAUCCAGCAAUGAGUUCACGGGUCCUCUUCCGGAGGACCUGGGAAAUGCUUCUUCCUUAGAGAUGCUGGAUCUCAGAGGUAGCUUCUUCCAAGGGUCAGUUCCAAAAUCAUUCAGUAACUUGCACAAGUUGAAGUUCCUUGGUCUAUCUGGGAAUAAUCUCACUGGGAAAAUUCCUGGAGAGCUGGGACAACUUUCAUCACUGGAGUAUAUGAUCCUUGGAUAUAAUGAAUUUGAAGGUGGGAUUCCAGAAGAUUUUGGAAAUCUCACCAGUCUUAAGUAUGUUGAUUUAGCAGUAUCCAAUCUUGGUGGUGAGGUUCCAGCUGCAUUAGGAAAGCUCAAGUUAUUGGAUACAUUUUUCUUAUACAACAACAAUUUUGAAGGGAGAAUUCCACCAGCAAUUGGCAACAUGACUUCUUUGCAGUUUCUGGAUCUUUCUGAUAACAUGUUGUCAGGAAAAAUUCCAGCUGAAAUAAGUCAGUUGAAGAAUUUAAAGCUUCUUAACUUCAUGGGAAACAAGCUAUCUGGUUUCGUUCCUUCUGGCCUUGAGGACUUGCCUCAAUUGGAGGUGCUUGAGCUAUGGAAUAAUUCCUUGUCUGGGCCGCUUCCUAGUAACCUUGGCAAGAAUUCACCAUUGCAAUGGUUGGAUUUAUCAUCCAAUUCAUUCUCUGGAGAGAUUCCAGAGAAUCUUUGCAGCAUAGGUAAUCUCACCAAGCUUAUACUUUUCAACAAUGCCUUCUCUGGUUCAAUUCCUUCAAACCUUUCAAUGUGUCCUUCACUAGUUCGAGUCCGAAUGCAGAACAAUUUUCUUUCUGGGACAGUUCCUGUGGGUUUUGGCAAGCUUGGGAAGCUUCAAAGGUUAGAAUUGGCUAACAAUAGUCUCUCUGGUGGAAUUCCAGAUGACCUUGCUUUUUCCACAACCCUUUCUUUCAUUGAUCUCUCAAGAAACAAGCUCCACUCUUCUCUUCCUUCCACCAUUUUUUCCAUUCCAAACCUGCAAGCUUUCAUGGUCUCCAAUAACAACUUGGAAGGUGAAAUCCCAGACCAGUUUCAGGACUGUCCCUCACUCACUGUUCUUGAUCUCUCCUCAAAUCAUUUAUCCGGAAACAUUCCGGCAAGCAUCGCUUCAUGUGAGAAAUUGGUGAAUUUGAACCUACAAAAUAACCGAUUAGUUGGAGAAAUCCCAAAUGCAUUAGCUAACAUGCCUUCAUUAGCCAUGCUUGAUCUUUCCAACAAUUCUCUUACCGGUCAUAUACCUGAAAGCUUUGGUGUUUCUCCAGCUCUGGAGACACUCAAUAUUUCAUACAACAAGCUCGAAGGUUCUGUCCCGAUAAACGGUAUGCUAAGAACGAUAAGCCCGAAUAAUCUUGUCGGAAAUGCAGGCUUAUGUGGUGGUGUACUCCUUCCAUGUGAUCAGAACUCUGCAUACUCAUCAAGGCAUGGAAGCUUACAUGCAAAGCACAUUAUUACAGGAUGGAUCAUUGGAAUAUCAUCAAUCCUAGCCCUCGGAAUCACAAUUUUGGUAGCAAGAUCUUUAUACACAAGAUGGUACAAUGAUGGAUUUUGCUUCAAUGAAAGAUUUUACAAGGGUAGUAGCAAAGGGUGGCCCUGGAGAUUGAUGGCAUUUCAGAGGCUUGGUUUUACAAGCACUGACAUUCUAGCUUGCAUUAAAGAAACCAAUGUGAUUGGCAUGGGAGGUACCGGGGUUGUUUACAAGGCUGAGGUACCGCAUUCAAGUACAGUUGUGGCGGUGAAAAAACUGUGGAGAUCAGGAACAGAUGUUGAAGCAGGAAGCAGUGAUGACCUUGUGGGAGAGGUGAACGUUUUAGGGAGGCUAAGGCAUAGGAACAUUGUUAGACUGUUAGGAUUUCUUUAUAAUGACGCUGAUCUGAUGAUAGUUUAUGAAUUCAUGCACAAUGGAAACCUCGGAGACGCCUUACAUGGUAGACAGGCAACAAGAUUGCUUGUAGACUGGGUUUCGCGGUAUAACAUAGCUCUAGGAGUGGCACAAGGACUUGCUUAUCUUCAUCAUGAUUGUCAUCCACCCGUUAUCCAUAGAGAUAUCAAGUCAAACAAUAUAUUGCUCGAUGCAGAUCUUGAGGCAAGGAUAGCAGAUUUUGGCUUAGCCAAGAUGAUCAUCAGGAAGAAUGAAACAGUCUCCAUGGUUGCUGGAUCCUAUGGCUACAUUGCCCCUGAAUAUGGAUAUGCCUUGAAGGUGGAUGAAAAGAUUGAUGUUUACAGUUAUGGAGUAGUUUUGUUGGAGCUUCUCACCGGAAAACGGCCUUUAGAUCCGGAGUUUGGAGAGUCUGUAGACAUAGUAGAGUGGAUUAGAAGGAAGAUUAGACACAACAAAUCUCUAGAAGAAGCAUUAGACCCCAGUGUAGGAAACAGCAACUAUGUUCUAGAUGAGAUGGUUUUAGUUCUAAGAAUAGCAAUUCUCUGCACUGCUAAGUUCCCCAAGGACAGACCAACCAUGAGGGAUGUCAUAAUGAUGCUUGAAGAGGCAAAGCCUAGGAGAAAGAGCAGUAGCAACAAUGAAACAGUAGCAGCUAACAAUAACCAGAUGUCAGUUUUUAGCACAUCGCCGGUUAAUGGCCUUCUGUAAAUCGCCAGUGCAUGUUUGGAAAUCCUUCAACAGUUGAUUCUAUAGCUGGAAUCAAUUCUAGGAGAAGCUUCUGUGAGAAGCUUUUGGUUUUCAUAAUUGAUUCUGAGAAGAGAGAAUUUGAUCCAAACAUGCUAUUAGAGCUGUAAUUUUGAAACACCAGUGCAUAUUUGUCUUUAAUAUGUUAAUGCUUGUAUCAAAAAAUGAUAUUCAUUUUUUGCAAAUAAAUUUUCUAUGUAUUCUUCUG